AUGACUAUUUAUAACAAUGGAGAUUACAAUGACAGUCAGAAUGGUGGUGAUGAUGUAGAUGAAGAUGAUGAAGAUGAUGAUGAAGAUGAUGAUGAAGAUGAUGAUGAAGAUGAUGGCUCUGAUAAUAAUACAAGUUUUAAAAAAACAGUGAUGCAGCACAUUUCAACAAUGGACGAAAAAAGACUAAAACAUAAAGAUGAAAAGAUUUCAUCCAACCGACACGAACUCGACAUAAACAAUAUUACCGAACGGCCGGCAGUUGGCGUUUUAAUCGCUGCUGUGGCUACUGCUUCUAAUUUUAGCCCAAUAACGUCAGCAGUUAUUAUUAGCGUGGCUAUAAAUAGUGCAAUGCUAUUGGCGUUUCAAUUCAAUUAUUCUUAA